AUGAACUGCAAACCAAUUUUGACGUAUUCUGGCGAUGUGCGAAUGUUCAAAACGCUCGAGCCCCACAUAGUAGCUGCUCUUCCUGCCGACACUGCAGAAUGGAAACGAUCCUACGGGCGACCGGUGAAAAAUGUUCGUGUCGAGGCUACAUUUCAACCAUUCGAACAGAAUGCCCUUGAAAAGUACAAGGAUGGCAGGUGGAACAUCGUUGAGCACCCGGUGCUGCAUAUAUAUGUUACGGAAUGCAGUGACAUAGAAGCAUACAGGGCCUCAGUAAAGGAGGAAAUAGACCAAUGGCUCAAGGUGCUAAACAAUUUCAACGUGACCGACUGGAUGAUAUUGCUGGUAGAGACGCUAGAUGUAAAAAAAUCGAAAAAUAUCUUACCGCGCACGACGGUACUAGAUAAGAUACGACUUGAUUUUGCAUCGAAAAAUGGUGAUCGUUGUCUAUCGAUUUUGAAUUCUGCUAAAUUCGAGAUGAAAACGACUGAAUCCUUUCGCUGCUUGCUGCAACGCAUUCGCCACCUGAUGCUAACGGGCUACAACAAGACAAUAGUAAAGUACGAAGAACUUAUUCGUACUAACAGGGAAAACCGUAUACAGGAGAACUGGAGCUUUAUCGACUAUUUCGUGCUACAAGAGCAGCUGGCGUUUGUUCUGGAAAUGCUCGGCCAAUACCCAGAAGCAUUGGUGCAGUACGACGAACUGGACGCAAUGUUCUCCCAGUUCAUCCUUAACUCCGUGUUCGGCGAAAAGCAAAAAUGGCUUCUCAUUUUCGACCAGCCCCUGUACGCGUUUCACGGCAUAUCACUAAACCAUGCAAAAAUGAUGGAAACACGUGAAAAGAUCAUCUGCGGUAAAGUGACGCUACUGGAGUUUCGCAGCUACCUCUUCGAACGCCAAUGCGUUCUUCUAGAUGCAGCCCAAAAACCAUGGGAAAUCGCCGAGAGAUUGCUUCCUUUUCUGUUUUCAACGCUUCGAGAAAUCGAGGCUCUGAAGCUUGACACGCCCCAAGGAGCCCUUGCAUGUUGGGAGUUUGUUUGCGCUCUUGAGGUGCUCAAUUUAUGCGAUACGGUGCAGGAAUCGAAAGAUAUCUACAAAUGCUCGCAAUUUUCUGCCCCCAUCUGGAAUUUGGCCAAAGAGAAACUAUACCUCCUCGGGAAGCAGUGCGGGUUGCUGCCCGGUUUUGUACCCACGUCGGAGCAGCUGCAUACGGUCGUGCACUUGUCGGCGGGCAUGGGAGACAGUUUGCCAGAAAUGACCACCAACGGAACAUCACGAAGGCUUGAAACAGAGAAAAGCGAUCGUGGUAAUAAAUCGGCCAAUUCGCCAGCGAGGAAGCCGAAGAAAUCAGCCACCGACACAUUGAAGGAAGCGCUGGGCUCGAAUCAGGCAUUCACGAAGCUUUACCUCGAGCUAAGCGAACUUGCUAUCAGCACGUACAAGCACGUAUCGCGCUUGCGAUCGGCCCGGUUAGUGGGGCUGGAUCUCGGUAACUUCUACAUCACAUUGAAUGAACCGCAAAAGGCAGUGAAUUUCUUCACGGACGUGCUGCGUGAACUGAAGAACGAAAACUGGCACUAUCUCGCGAGCCAAACGCUACUGGAUUUGGCCUCGUGUUACCGGAAGAUGGAGGAUAACGUGAACUACACAAAAACCUGUAGCACGAUCGCAUGCUGCCACGAUCUAGAGUUGCUUGUGCGGACAUUUUACUUCGACGAAUUUAUGAAAUCACUCAAAACACUCCAAUCGAUCCGCAAUGUGGAUAUUAAUGCGCUUAAUGUGAUCAGCACGCUCGAAGAUCAUUUCAGCGUAGUGAACGUCGUCCUGGACAGUACGUCGAUCGUGCAAGAUGACUACAUCACCGUACUGCUCGAGCUGGAUAGUAACUUUCCGCGUGAGCUGCUCGUAGAACAAGUGUUGCUUUCGUUUGAAAUGAACGCAAAGCAGACCCUGGAUCCCGUGGCUUCUGGAAAUGUCGCGACCAAGGAAGUCGGAUCACAAUUGCCGAUAAUACUCCACCUAGACUACAAGCAGGAUAAUACUCUGGCCGGUUCCUCGGUAGCGUGUGAUAAUCGCGCAAAGCAACCGGUGCGCCGCAGCAGCAGCACGCGACGCAAGAUUUCUCCGACACAGCGGUCAGACUUUACCAACUGCGUGAGUAGUGAGUCAAGACUCGUGUUACAGCCGGGCCUCAACGUGAUCGCGCUUAAAACCAAAGCCACCCGUGUCGGCACCUGGAGCUUUCGGCAACUGUCGGUUCAGGUUGAAACGGUAGAAUUUUUAUCGGAAUCCCUCCCAGUGAAGACGAUGAACUUUGAAACGAUAACAAAAGCGUCUGUGGCAUCGUUAAAUUUCGUCAAUCUCGUCGCUGGUGUCGAGCAGCCAGUCGAGCUGGUAAUUUCAGCCGGAAGUUUCCGUUUCCCAAAGGAUGCCACUGCCACGAUACGGUGCUCAAAGAAUCUCAAAAUGAGAAUAUCAGGAUCUGAGGAGCAGAAACAACCGUUUGAAAGAGAGCUGGUUGUACAGUUGGCCGACUUUACACCAUUCGAAAAACGAACCAUUGCUUUAGAAGCGAUUUGUGACCUUCCCGGCAAACGAGAGGAACGUGCUAUCGAGCAAAAGGUCUCCCUGCAGGUCCCCUGGAGUCGAAACGAGAUCUCGAUUCCGUUACACUUCAUGCCUGCGUUAAUAGCGUCCUGUCGAUUGCACUCCUCCGGAGCACGAAAGUUUCUGCAAGUUGUUCUCAAGGGUGUAAGCGACUAUCGUCUCAUGUUACGAGACGCCCGCAUGACCUGUUCGGCCGAGGGCGUCACAAUAAUCGAUAUUAAUCCGACAGAACAGCGGGAAACAGUGAUGAGCAAAUCACUUUCAAUAUCUUAUCUGUACGAGUUUCAAGUGGAAGCGCUGAAGGCCGAAACUGAGCUACCGGUUGUGCAUGUGGAUUUUCGCAUGCGCUUCGCGGAUGUCACCGUGCCAGAAGACCAGCGGUCCUACCUGCCGUACAGUGUUACGUUCGACGUAAUGGACUAUACGACCCUGUUCACGAUCUGCGCCAAAGUGGAACCGCAGGAAUUGUGUCGUGUUAACUCCGUCUGCCAUCUUAACUUACGCAUCUCGAAAGUUCAUGACAAUCCGUAUGCGGACCUAAUGUACGAGGUGCUCGCGGACCAAAAUAUGUGGGCAGUUGUGGGUCGUACCGCAGGAGUCAUAUCGAUGGAAGAAGUUGAAAGUCACAGCAUCACGCUUGACGUGCUCCCGCUUACGGCUGGUUUUCUGCCUCUGCCAAACAUCCGUCUGUCGAAGUAUAUCUCGGCGAAUAAGCUGAAAAAUGACACCCACUCACGACUGCAACCGUUCCCGCCGGGACAGAUUUAUAACUCAACCAAAAGCAUGCAAAUCCAUGUCCUUGCCAGCACAAAUAACGAUCAGCCACAGUAGGCGAGUGAACACGCGUUAAGAUCCGCUGGUCGCGCCGUAUCGCGACAUGCUGCAUAACUAAUAGCGAUUUGAAAAGCUCAACAUGACGCAUUCCAUUCAGCUCAGUUUGUUAAAUGUGUUGCUAUUUAUUUUCAGUCAAAUGUUUGGGCUUUUUUUAGCAUAAAUACCAUGUUGAUCGAGAAAAUAAAUGAAGCAUU